AUGAAGAUGCAGUUCAAUGACUUGCGAAUUCGUGAGGCAUACCGUCUGCUACAAACCUGUAGCCAUAUCUCCAUCCCUCGCAUCCAUGAACCCGAGGAGGAAGUGAUUGACCCUCCACCAUCCACCGGCUCUCCCACCAACCCCAUAAAUGCAGGGGGAAUUGUCGCGGCCGCGGCUGCGGCUGCUGCCAUUUCUGCAUUUUUAACACGUGGACCCAGUGCUCAGCGUGUCAGUGAGGCGCGCGUAGAGAUGCACUUGGCAGCAGCAGGUGUCCGCGCCACUGCGUUGCCGUUAGGUCGUGGCAUGCUUACGCUCUCAUGUCUUGCAGGUUCCCGGCUUCCAGAUCGUCUAACCGUACCAGCCAUCCUUUUGCGUGGUCGGCGUGCCGUCUCCCCUAACUCUCGCCGCCGACACCAAGUUGAUCUGGCUCGAUGUCCGGAGCCAUCCCUUCCACAGCCACCUCCACAGGCUCAGGCAUCGGUCGCUUCAGUGGGUAUGUCUGCUGGAGCACAAACAGGCACCUCGGCUCCCUGGCAUUCAACUGUCCAAUCGACAGGAGCCACUAGCAUCCCCAGGUCUGAAUCUGUUGGCCUGGUUGAUUUAGGUGAUCCAACCGAUAUAGAUGCCUUGUGGUCAAGUGAUGACGCUGCUUAUGGACCACAAACGGGGGUAUUCUUUGCCAAUGCUAGUGACCACCCUUACAAUGCAAUCGCCCUGGCCACAGCCUCAGCAGUAGCGGCAUGUGGUGUAGGCGCUUCGCUUAGAACUGCCUGUAUGCCUUCUUCUCUGAUGCGUCUGCCAGUUCUGGCUCCAAAACGAUCAUACCUAUCGACCUCCACGUGCCCAUCUGGCUCUGCUGCUGCCAACGGAACUGGCUGCAAUCCUGUGUCAUUAUCAUCAUUGCCAUCGCUUGCUCCUUUGCCUCCCUCAUCAACUUCUUUGACAUCCACACCCCCUCCGCCACCCGACCCUCGUCUCACAGCAGCUACGCUUGCUACCGGAGCUGCCAAUGCCGCUGCUGCCUUCGCAUCCACCGCCAACCUUCAGCAAUCAGCUUCCGUGCUAGCAGCCAAACAUUGGCCAGCCUUCCACAACGGCGUUGCCACCGGUCUCAUGAUUUCACCACAUGCCUCGAUUGACUCAACAUGGAUUAUGCACAACCUGCGUAGUCUCAACCAACCACCUUCUCACGUUGACUCUUCUGGUAGUGCUAGUGGGACUUCGGGCUUAUCUACAGGCUUCCUCCCUACCCCAGAACAAGCUGGUCUUCUCCUUGGCCUCGGCCUUAAUGGCCACCUUAAUAAGAUGUCGGCCUACUGCAUACAAGAAUACCUGGUUCGCGUUCACGAUUUGCACAAUAUGGCUGUAUUACUUGGUAUAUCAUUUAUAUUAAUUUCCCUUCCAUUUGAUAUUAUACUUCUGCUUAAAGUCUUCUUUAAAACUUCGCACAUUUUAGUACUUUGA